AGUUGGCUACCUCGGGGGCCAGCCACUUGUUUCUGGCCUGUGAGCUCCUCCCCCCCCCCCAGCAUCUGACUUAGCACAACUGGGGCAGUCACAUGACCUGGCAGAGGUGAUUCAGCAGAUUGAAAGGGGAGGAAGCGGAUUGGUCGGGCGUGUCAUGAUGUCAUCGCAGGCUCAUUCAGACCACAGAAUCUGGGGAAGGUGACUCAGCAACUGAGAUUCAGGUUAUUUAAAGCUUCCUCGUAAGGCCGGUCAAAGCAGACCAGCCACAGACGUUGAAGGGAGGUGCUGGAGUUUGGGGCUUUAGAAGGGACAUUCCCUGCUCUGCUCUUCCGCGGGAAGCCAAGGAGAUUCAACCCACUCUGGGUGACCCUGAACUCUUGAGGAGCAAGUUGUGUUUUUUUGGAUCAUGGAAUUCCCAGACUUGGGGAAACUCUGCAGCGAGAGAACAUGCAAACAACUGGAUUUCUUACCACUGAAAUGUGACGCGUGCGAGGAGAUUUUCUGCAAAGACCACGUUGCGUACAACAGCCACAGAUGUUCUUCUGCCUACAAGAAGGAUAUACAAGUCCCCGUUUGUCCUCUCUGUAACGCUCCCGUACCAGUCAAGAAGGGAGAAAUGGCUGAUGUUGUGGUCGGCGCUCAUAUGGACAGAGGCUGUCGACCGGAUUCCGCCCCAAAGAAGGAAAAGAUUUUCACAAACCGAUGCUUCAGAUCCGGCUGCAAAAAGAAAGAGAUGAUCAAGCUGGUUUGUGACCAGUGUGGCCAGAAUUUCUGCCUCCGGCAUCGGCACCCGCUGGAUCAUCAGUGCCCGGGGCAACACCAGAACAUCUCAAAAGCAGGAUGUGCCGCUCAAAUGAGGCUGCUGGAAUCCAGCCCGACGUCUUUGAACCACCUGCUUCCACAUAACAGGGGCAGACCCAAGUGCUGACGAAAAACUGGAGCCAGAACGAUCUCAAUUCCACGCUGUGAAUCCUUCAGUCUUUGAAUCUGUGAACUCUUCUUUUUCUCCUGUUCUGAAUAAGUUUCGAUCUUAACCUUUCUAAUAAAUGCAACCUUUCCAAGUGUC